UUUGGAAAAUUUGUACAAUGUUUUAGUGUUUGAAGCCUUUGAAUCUCCUUUUAAAGUGCAAUGAAAAUCAAUUCAAGAGACGGUUAUCAUUUAGAUUGAAACCAGGAGAAAUGGUGGUGGAGGAACUCUGAAAAGAGAAAAUCAAAUAAAAAAAGAGAAGCUAGCCUCGUCUCUCAGAUGUCCUGUGUUUGAGCAAGUUUAGUAAUCAUGACCAACUUCACUCCUCCCAUAUAAAUAUACGAAGUUCCUCCACACACACCUAGAGACAUAGACAAGGCGCAGACAAAAACAAACCAUAAAUACACCCCUAUUUUCCUUCAUACGCCUAAGAAAUGUUUGAAACCUUAUGGAUAGAGCUUCUUCCCAAGAAGAAGAAGAAAGACAAACAACAGUGCAGGAGCUCAAGCUUUGUCUGCCACUAGCGAAGCUUAGAACCUCUGCUGAUGUUAGCCCGUUUUCUGCAUUGAGCUUUUGGGUUUCGAAAUCUCUACGUAGCUUGUCUUUCAGAGCUCGAGUUUCAAAUGGGGUCGUUUUAAGAAGGGUCCUUGGUUCGGGUUUGGUCGUGAAGAGCUCAUUUUUCUGUGGUUCUGCUGGUUUUAUCGAAUCAACGGAGGUUGGGAUGGAGAGUUUGGUUGAGAAGAGGGAUGUAAUUGAAGACAGGAAAGUUGGACUCCAUGGAAAUGGAGGUGAAAGUGAGCCAUUUACGGAUUCUGGAGAAGAAGAGUCUCGGGAAAGCAGUUCGUGCAGUUCGAGUUCUGAUGCUUUGACGUCUGAAGGAACUACCAACGAAGAACGAAGCCCUAAUAGUUCAGAAGAGUCCUCUUCAGCACCAUCACUAGGUUGGCCGGUUGGGAAGUCGGAGAUGCAAAACUGUUCAAUUUCUGAUGUCACCGGGGAUGAGAAGAAGCCCCAUUUGGAAGAUAGUAAAUUAGAGAAACAAGGGUCAAAGAUUUCAGAGGUUGAACUUAUGAAAGAGAGAUUCUCAAAAUUGUUGCUUGGGGAAGAUAUGUCGGGAUGUGGGAAAGGGGUUUGCACAGCAUUGGCCAUUUCGAAUGCCAUUACUAAUCUCUGUGCUACCCUCUUUGGGCAGCUUUGGAGAUUAGAACCUCUACCUCCUGAGAAAAAAUCAAUGUGGCGAAGGGAGAUUGAAUGGCUUCUUUGUGUUAGUGACCACAUUGUCGAAUUGACACCCUCUUGGCAAACAUUUCCUGACGGAAGCAAGCUUGAGGUUAUGACUUGCAGACCCAGAUCAGACAUUUUUAUCAAUCUCCCAGCAUUGCGUAAAUUAGACAACAUGCUGAUUGAAAUAUUAGAUAGUUUUGGCGACACAGAAUUCUGGUAUGUUGACCAAGGGAUUUUAGCUCCAGAUGCUGAUGGAUCAGCCUCUUUUCGUAGACCACUUCAGCGCCAAGUGGACAAAUGGUGGCUUCCUGUUCCCCGUGUUCCUCCCGGUGGUCUCCAUGAAAAUUCAAGGAAACAUUUGCAGCACAAGCGUGAAUGCACAAACCAAAUCCUUAAAGCUGCUAUGGCCAUCAAUAGUACUGCUUUAGCUGAAAUGGAAGUCCCUGAAUCAUACCUGGAAUCUCUACCAAAGAACGGAAGAGCUAGCCUAGGCGAUGUGAUCCACCGGUAUAUUACAUCAGAUCAGUUCUCCCCAGAAUGCCUUCUUGAUUGCCUUGACCUUUCCUCUGAACACCAAGCUCUGGAGAUUGCUAACCGCGUUGAGGCCUCCAUAUACAUCUGGCGUCGAAGAACAAACUCAAAACCCAUAAGUAAUGCAAACCGCUCCACUUCCAAGUCAUCCUGGGAGAUGGUCAAGGAGUUGGUGGUUGAUGGUGGAGAUAAGAGGGAGUUGCUUGCAGAUAGAGCUGAGAGCUUAUUGCUUUGCUUGCAGCAGCGGUUCCCUGGUCUUCCACAGACAUCCUUGGAUAUGAGCAAGAUCCAAUACAACAAGGAUAUUGGGAAAUCUAUUCUAGAGAGCUAUUCAAGAGUAUUGGAGAGCCUGGCGUUUAAUAUUAUUGCCCGCAUUGAUGAUCUACACUAUGUUGAUGACUUAACCAAGCAUUCGGAUCAAUAUUCUUCGGUUCCCUCAGUCAGUGUGAUAGCUCACAAGAGGGUUUCAAUUCCAUACUCGGUGCCUGUCUCAAGCACUCCAUAUGCUACAGCUUUUACAACUCCAAGCUUCUCACCUGCACCUUUGGUUAGCGCUGCAAAAGGAGAGAGGUCCCCUUUUCCCAAUGGCAACAAGCCACAGCAUCGUGGGUUUGGAGUAAAGAAAGUUUUAACAGAUUAUCUUGGCGUUGAUAUCAAAGGGAAGAACUCAUGCAAUUUCCCCGAGGGAUCAGAUUCAGUAGCAAGCUCAACUCGAGAAGCACUGGCACCUCAAUCUGGCAUUGCAAGGCAGGAAUGCAAGAAAGGAGUCCUAAGCCCUCCAUCUAGGAACUAGAGUUAUUGUAGGAGAAAAUCACUGAGAUUUUCCUACAAAUUAGUAGGUGGAUUCAACAGUUAGAAGGAGAAAAUUCCUACAAUUUAGCAGGUGGAUUGAGGAGUUAGGAGGGUUUACCACCACAUUAUUGUUUAUUUAUUUAUUUUUUGUUGUAACGAGAUUUCUGUUUAGUGGAAUGAGCUGAGUUUGAUUGAUGAAUUUUAUGAA